AUGGAAGUGAUAAGUACAGAAAUCAUCAAACCCUCUUCUCCUACCCCUUCUGAUCUGCAAAUUUAUCCACUUUCCUUCAUAGAUCAUCUUUGCCCUUCCAACUAUAUCCCAUUUGUUUUCUUUUACGAAAACCAGAGCUUUGAACCUGACAUCAAUGGCAAAACCUCUACCACCAUAUUCGAAGUUUGUGAAGAAAGAACCAAAAUGCUGAAGAAAUCGUUAUCUGAAGUUCUAUCUAUGUACUACCCAUUUGCUGGUAGAGUCAAAGAUCAAGUUUUUAUAGAAUGUAAUGAUGAGGGAGUUGUGUUUAUAGUCACCCACAUGAAACAGAAGCUUUCGGAGAUCUUGAAAGACCCAAGGGAAGAAUUUCUGAACCCUCUAUUCCCAGAUGAAAUGCACUGGAAGAAACCGGCCGGUCCUCGUGGAAGCUUCGUAGCGGUUCAAGUAAACCAUUUUGAGUGUGGAGGAAUGGCGAUGAGUGUGUGUUUGUCUCACAAGGUUGGCGAAGCAUCUUCCUUAUGCCACUUUGUCAGAGACUGGGCUUCCAUAACCACAAAAUCUCAUGUAAGUUCCCCUCAUUUCAAUGGAGCAUCAGUAUUUCCCAUGGGCGACUUGACAAUUUUCCCGGAAAAUGAUGGGAAAAGCAAAGCGAAUAUGGUAUCCAAAAGGUUUGUAUUUGACGCCACGAGCACCAAGUCCCUUAUGGCCAAGGUAAUAACCCAAGGAGUAGUGGAAAAUCCUACAAGAGAACAAGUGGUGGGAGCACUCAUUUACAAAUGUGUGGUUUCAGCUUUGAGGUCAAAAAGUUCAAAGGCUCCAAACCAAUUAGCCACAUCUCUCAGCGUUGCUUUGGACCUACGUGCUGGAUUGGUUCCUCCACAGCCAGACAAGUCAGUAGGAAACUUGGUUUGGGGUUUUGCUGUACGGAGUCCGAAUUCUGCAGAAGAGGAAGAAGAAGAAUUACAUGAAGUGGUAAGGAAAACUCAAAAGGGGUUGUCUGAAUUUUGGGAUACGUAUGCCAAAGGGUUUGGGAAAGAACACAUGAUGAAGAUCUUGGAGCUUUUGAAAGCGACAGGAUCAUCUGACAAUUCUGUUGUGUUUAAUGUAACAAGUUGGUGUGGAAUUGGAAUGUACGAGGCAGAUUUUGGGUGGGGAAAUCCAGUGUGGGUGACUACCUGUGGAUGUCCUCCAAAGAAAGAUGUGGCACUAUUGAUGGAUGCAAGAGAUGGAGAAGGAAUUGAAGUGCUCGUGGCAAUGGAAGAACAAGACAUGGCCCUGCUUGAAGCUGAUGUGGAACUUCUCCAAUAUGCUUCCAUUAAUCCCAGUGUUGUAGCUUCCCACUAA